AUGAUGGGCGAAGAGCCCAGCCCUUCUCGACCCAAGGCGAAGAAGCUUCCCUUCAAGCCGACAGCUUUGCGCAAGUCUGCGUCGCAAAGGCUAGCGACGCCGUCUGAUGACACCAACGCUGAUGAUGAUGGCCUUGACCUGUUCCGCAGGUCCAAGGAGAUGGAGCCAAUCGUGGCUGCCGACCGCGAGAGGAGGAUGAAGAAAAAGAGGAAGCAGAAGCAGGAAGAAGAAGCGCGGCGAAAAUCGGUCGAAUCCGCCAAGAGGCCGCUGGAUGAUGACGAGGAAAUAGAUGUCCAGGCAGCUACGGGAUCACACGAGUCUCCUCGGGUAGCUAUGAGAAGUACACCUGUUGGUUGUUCUCCCAAAGAUGGCGACGUCAUGGCUAGCAAGUUGGUUACGCCACCGGCCUCAAAACGAACGCGCCUAGACUCAACCCCGUCAAAGAGUACGAAUCUCGACAUGGAAAACACAGACAUGUCGCUGGGCGAUUCGCCCUCUGCUCGACUACUGCGGUCUCACACCAAACCCACGACGUCGGGCAGCUUGCACCGGGUAACUAGGACGCGAAAGGCUGCACCAGUCGUGCUUGUCGAUUCAGAUGAUGAUGACGAUGGUGGUGAUGUUCAGGUAUCACGCAGCACUAAACAACGAGAAGCUAGCGUAGAAGUCUACGAGACCAGCUUCAUGGCCACCGAGGAGGAGGACGAAUUUUCCGAGUACGUUCGCAGGGCAGAGGAGCAGCGUGCUCAAAACCAGGCCAUGCUCAGGGUCGGCGAAGAUGGCGAAGCGACAAAGGAUCGCAUUGAAAUUCUCGUCACAUCGGAGGUCCCAGGCGCCAAGCCCUGCUGCUUCAAGUUUCUGUUUGACAAGCAACUACGCCUCGCUCGCAACACGUGGCUUACGCUCCAGCAUCACAAAGGAAUCCUGAAAGACGUCCAAAAGGAAGAAGAUAUUGUGCUUACAUGGGAGAAGCAAAAGGUGUACACAUUUUCUACGCUGCUGACCCUGGGUAUCCGGCCUGAUGGGAACGGGCGGGCCGUCGUGGACGGCAAUAGCUCAAAGGGGCUGGUCAAGAAUCGGAGGCAAGUCCAUAUGGAGGCAUGGACGAUGGAUUUAUUCCACGAAAUGGAACGCGAGAGGGAGCUAAAAAGGAAGCGAGAAGCAGGUGAAUUGUCGGACGAGGACGAGCCGGCGGCAGCAGAAGAGCCGCCUGCUCCGGAGGUCAAGAUUCGCGUCAUUCUCAAGUCGCGGGACUUGGAAGACGUCAAUCUAACUGUGCGGCCAGAAACGACAGUCGAGACGUUGAUCACUGGGUUCCGCACACAGCGAUCAAUAGGCUCUGAUAAAGACGUAGGCCUGUGGUUCGACGGCGACAGGCUAGAAGAGCAUGUCACCAUGGACGAGGCGGAUAUUCAUGACAUGGACACGAUUGAUGUACACGUCAGGUGA